ACCUUGAAGUCUAAGUGAUCUGGUUUUAUAGCUAUUUUGCGAGGGUUCAACAUCUUUGUUAUCCCAUAGCAACGGCAUUUAACAGUCAUACGCUAGCUAGCUCGCUACUCGCUUCUUUUGCUAGCUAACUUUUCAUAUCUGGUUAACCUUGCAUAUAAGGCUAGCUAACUGUUUACUAGCACAAUCUACUUUAAGUGCCCGUAAAGAACACAUUUCAUUUCUUUAAGCAGAUAUUAUUUUAUUUGUGCCAAGUGAAAAUAAUACAUCGACAUGCCUCCGAAAAAGAAAGGUCGUAAAAAGUCGGCAAAGGUGAAGACAGCACCUCAAGUGGCAGAUGGCCAGCCCAAGGAACACAUGUCAAAGGAGCAGCUGGAGGAGCACAAUGCGCGCCUGCAGGAGCAGUUGGACAAAGAGCGGGAGGAGCGCAACUACUUUCAGUUGGAGAGGGACAAGAUCCACACCUUCUGGGAGGUCACCAAGAGGCAACUGGAAGAGAAGAAGGCUGACCUGAGGAACAGGGACAGAGAGAUGGAGGAAUCAGAGGAGCGUCAUCAAUUGGAAAUCAAGGCUUAUAAACAGAAAGUGAAGCACUUGCUGUACGAACACCAAGGUACUGUCACAGAGCAGAAAGCAAAAGUGGUUGUGACCACCAAACUGAUGCAGAAAGACCAUGCAGAGGUGGAGGAUGAAUUGCGUAAAGGCAUGCGCUACCUUAAACUGGAUAUCAAACAGCGUGAACUGUCUAAUGAAGAUCUGCUGAAGAGCCUGAGUCUGAAACAAGAUGAAGAAAUUACCAAAAUGAGACAAGAUUUUGAAAAUAAAGUUCAAGACAUUGAGAAGAAAUGUGAUGAGAAACUGCAGGCGUUACGACAUGACCUGGACUUGAGGCGGAAAAUGGAGAUCCAUGAAAUUGAAGAAAGGAAGAACAGCCAGAUAAAUACGCUGAUGAAGAAUCAUGAAAAGGCCUUCAGCAACAUUAAGAUUUACUACAAUAAAACCACCUUCAACAACCUGGCACUCAUCAACUCACUGAAAGAACAGUUGGAGGAGAAGAAAAAGAAGGAUGACAGGCUGGAGAAAAGAAUGGCAGAAAUCUUACAGCAAAACAAGACUCUGACUGAACCCCUGCAGAAAGCCAAGGAGGAGGUGAUAGAGCUGCAGAGACAGAUGGCAAAUUACAAGAAUGACAAGGCUUCACUGGCGACGGCGAAAGCACGUUUGAAGGCUGCAGAAAAAGAGAUGAAACGCCUGAAGUGGGAACAUGAAGUACUGGAGCAGAGAUUUAGCAAAGUUCAGGAGGAGAAGGAUGAGCUGUACCAGAAGUUCACCAAGGCCAUUCUGGAGGUGCAGCAGAAGAGCGGAUUUAAGAACCUGCUCCUGGAGAAAAAGCUGAGCGCUCUGACAGAAACUCUGGAGAAGUAGGCACAACUUCACGACUUAACAAGAUCCUCUCCAACCUCCACUGUCAACCACUUGGCACUCUACCUGGUGACCCACAAAGUGGAGGCUCAUAAUGACUUGCUCUGGACAUAUGAGACAAAGCUGAAGUCUUUGGGCAUCCCUGUUGAGGACCUGGGGUUCAAGCCCCUGGAGAAAACUUCAGCUGGACUGGUGUCUGCCCCGAUGUGACAAGCAAAUGGAC